AUGUUCAGGAUAGCAAUGCCCAUCGCUUUCGGACCCAAGACGCGCCUAGCGCACGCCCUCCUGCGCAGCGCGCGCCCCGCGGGGGCUGCGCGCUUCUCGACGUCGGCCGUCGCGCGCAGCGUGCCGGCGAGCCAGUCUCCCGUGAAGCCCGAGAACCAGAAGCGCACGGGCGUGCUCCCGCCAUACGGCCCCGUCGGCGUCGCCGCGGCGCUCGAUGCGACGCCCUCCACGCCGCCAAAGGAGACGCUCUUCACGCACGAGUUCUCGCUCGCGGAUCGCGUUGCGCUCGUUUCAGGUGCGAACCGUGGGCUCGGGCUCGAGAUGUCGAUGGCGUUCCUCGAGGGGGGUGCACGGGCGGUCUACUGCCUUGACAUGCCUGCCCAGCCGGGCGAGGAGUGGCAGAAGGUCAAGGAGUAUGUCGGCCGCAUGGGGGGCAAGGGCCGGCUGGAGUAUAUCAGCGCGGACGUGAGGGAUCAGGAAGCAAUAUGGAAAAUCGGGGAGACGGUCGGGGACAAGGAGGGUCGUAUGGAUGUCUGUGUCGCCGCUGCGGGCGUCCUGAAGAGUCACACCGACUGCUUGGAGUAUCCGGCGAAGCAGUUCCAGGACGUCAUGGACGUGAACGUAAACGGCGUGCUGUUUACUGCACAAGCCGCGGGGCGCCAGAUGGCGCGCUUCGGAAACGGCGGGAGCAUCAUCCUCAUCGCGAGCAUGAGCGGCAGCAUCACCAACAGGGACAACGCGUGGGUGUCGUAUAAUACGUCGAAGAGCGCAGUGCUCCAGAUGGCGCGCAGCAUGGCCUGCGAGCUGGGGCCGAAGCGCAUCAGGGUGAAUACGCUGAGCCCAGGCCAUAUCUACACGCACAUGACGGCGGCACACCUGGACACUCAGCCGCACCUGUUGGAUAAAUGGGCGAACUUGAACCCGAUGGGACGCAUAGGGCGACCGGACGAGCUGCGGGGCGUCGUGGCGUGGCUGGCGAGUGAUGCGAGCACAUUCUGCACGGGCAGCGACAUCAUUGUGGACGGCGGGCAUCGGGCGUGGUAG